AUGGAUACUUCUGCAACCCAUCUUCUGAAAGAUGAGCUCGAUAUAGUGAUACCCACUAUUAGGAAUCUUGAUUUCUUGGAAAUGUGGAGGCCAUUUUUUGAGCCUUAUCAUUUGAUCAUAGUGCAAGAUGGUGACCCAUCAAGGACAAUCAAGGUCCCUGAUGGCUUUGAUUAUGAGUUGUAUAAUCGAAAUGAUAUCAAUAAGAUUUUGGGUCCUAAGGCUUCCUGCAUUUCCUUCAAGGAUUCUGCCUGCAGAUGCUUUGGGUAUAUGGUCUCCAAGAAGAAGUAUAUCUUCACCAUUGAUGAUGAUUGCUUUGUUGCGAAAGACCCUUCUGGCAAAGAAAUCAAUGCCCUUUCACAGCAUAUCAAGAAUCUACUCUGCCCUUCAACACCAAAUUUCUUUAAUACCUUGUAUGAUCCUUUCCGUGAGGGUGCGGAUUUUGUUCGUGGAUAUCCUUUCAGCCUUCGUGAGGGUGUGCCAACAGCUGUUUCUCAUGGCCUCUGGAUGAACAUUCCUGAUUAUGAUGCACCUACACAACUCGUGAAGCCUCUUGAGAGGAAUAAACGGUACGUUGAUGCAGUCUUGACAAUACCAAAGGGCACCCUCUUUCCCAUGUGUGGAAUGAAUUUGGCAUUCGACCGUGAUCUUAUUGGCCCUGCAAUGUACUUUGGACUCAUGGGAGAUGGCCAACCGAUUGGCCGCUAUGACGAUAUGUGGGCUGGCUGGUGUGUCAAGGUGAUAUGUGAUCAUCUAGGAUUGGGAGUCAAAACCGGGCUGCCGUACAUAUGGCACAGCAAAGCUAGCAACCCAUUUGUGAACCUAAAAAAGGAAUACCAUGGCAUCUUCUGGCAAGAAGAAAUCAUUCCAUUCUUCCAAGCAGCAACUCUUUCAAAGGACAGCACAACUGUUCAGAAAUGCCAUGUUGAACUGUCCAAACAAGUCAAAGAAAAACUUGGCAAAAUAGACCCUUAUUUUGUGAAGCUUGCAGAUGCAAUGGUCACAUGGAUCGAAGCUUGGGACGAACUCAACCCCGCUACGGAUUCUGGCAAGAAAUAG